CCAGGAUUCCCGACUCCCGGCUUCCUGCCCUCCUUCCGCUCGCAGCGCCCGGCGGCUGCGGGAGCGGCAAGAUGGCGGACCGCGGCUGCUUGAGCGAGGCCGUGGCGGCUGCGGCCUCUCCUCCGGUUCCUGCUCCCGGCCCGAGCCCGCCGCCGGACUGGAGGGGGCGGCUGCGGGCCGGGCUGGCGGAGGCUGGGCCCUCGCUGUGGCUCGUGGCGGGGCUGGGGCUGCUUUACGCUCUGAGGGUCCCUCUGAGGCUGUGUGAGAACCUGGCGGCGGUGGCAGUAUUUUUAAAUUCACUGACACCCAAAUUCUAUGUGGCACUUACAGGGACAUCUUCUUUAAUAUCAGGACUAAUAUUUAUAUUUGAAUGGUGGUACUUCCAUAAGCAUGGCACAUCUUUUAUUGAGCAAGUAUCUAUAAGCCAUUUGCGACCUCUAAUGGGAGGAACAGAGAACAGCAUUUCAGAACCAGGUUCUACUUCCAGCAACAGAGAAAGUGAAACCAACAGACAGAAUUUGUCAGAAUGCAAGGUAUGGAGAAACCCUCUAAAUCUUUUCAGAGGAGCAGAAUAUAGAAGAUAUACUUGGGUGACUGGUAAAGAACCACUUACAUACUAUGACAUGAACUUGUCAGCUCAAGACCAUCAGACCUUUUUCACCUGUGAUACAGACUUUUUACGUCCUUCAGACACAGUUAUGCAGAAGGCAUGGAGGGAAAGAAAUCCUCCAGCUCGAAUCAAAGCAGCCUAUCAAGCUUUAGAAUUAAACAAUGACUGUGCCACUGCCUAUGUUCUGCUGGCUGAGGAAGAAGCAACAACUAUUGUAGAUGCCGAAAGGUUAUUUAAACAGGCACUCAAGGCAGGAGAAACAAUUUAUAGGCGGUCACAGCAGUGCCAGCACCAAAGUCCUCAGCAUGAAGCUCAACUGAGGAGAGAUACCAAUGUACUGGUAUAUAUUAAAAGAAGAUUAGCAAUGUGUGCAAGAAAAUUAGGAAGAAUAAGAGAAGCAGUAAAAAUAAUGAGAGAUUUGAUGAAAGAAUUCCCUCCUCUUACCAUGUUGAGCAUCCAUGAAAAUCUCUUAGAAUCACUUUUAGAAUUACAGGCCUAUGCAGAUGUUCAAGCAGUCCUAGCAAAAUAUGAUGACAUAAGCCUUCCAAAGUCAGCAGCAAUCUGUUAUACAGCAGCGCUGUUGAAGACAAGGACUGUUUCAGACAAAUUCUCUCCAGAAACAGCCUCCAGAAGAGGGUUAAGCACAGCGGAAAUUAAUGCCGUGGAAGCAAUUCAUAGAGCUGUGGAAUUUAAUCCUCAUGUUCCAAAAUAUUUACUGGAGAUGAAAAGUUUAAUUUUACCUCCAGAACACAUUCUGAAACGAGGUGAUAGUGAAGCAAUUGCGUAUGCAUUCUUUCAUCUUCAGCACUGGAAGAGGAUAGAAGGUGCCCUUAAUCUGCUACAGUGUACAUGGGAAGGCACCUUUCAUCAUGUUUCUGUUUACCCAAAGAAGGAGCUUCCUUUUUUCAUCCAUUUCACAGCAGGACUGUGUUCUUCUACAGCAAUGAUAGCUCUUGUCACACACCAGUUUCCUGAAAUCAUGGGUAUUCUUGCUAAAGCAGUGCUGGGUCUCUGGUGCCCCCAACCCUGGGCAUCCUCAGGCUUUGAGGAGAAUACACAGGAUUUGAAGUCAGAAGAUCUAGGUUUGCGUUCUGGCUGAGCCACUCACUGUCCCUGAGACCGUGGACAAAUCACUGAACCUCUGAAGCAUCUGUAAAACGACAUUAACCCUACCUCACAGGGCUGUUGUGAGGAUUACGUAUAUGUAAACCCUUUGUGAACAUCACUGUUAUUCUGGGGGAUCCCCACCUGGGAUGUUGUCAAGUGGGACAUCUGUCCAUGAAGCUGUCUUCCUUUUUUCCUCUUUCAGCUCAGCCCUUCUGUUUGGUCCCAGCUGCUUACAGAGGUUGGUACGGUUGAAGCAGUCACCAGAUUUUGGCUUCCUUGUUAGAGAGAGAACUCCCAUGUCCAGCCGCUCUUUCCACAGAUUAAUAGAGAGAGUAGAAGUGAAUAAAGGAGUGUUUAAGCCAGGAUAGUUCAGAGUUAGGGGCCAAGGGGAAAAUGCUGACCUUGCAUUCUCAAGUUCAGGAUGACUAAAACAUCUUAAGUAAAUGAAGAAUAGCCAGAAAGAUGCUCAGAGAUUAUUUAAGCCACGGAUGGAAAGCGGGUAAAUGCAUUUAUACAUUCUCUUCUAUCCCUUGUACCUUUGAGGUCAGAGACAGGAAUAUUACUGACACCUUGCUGGCUCUUGUCAGAAAUGUGCCCAUCACCCAAAGAGAAGAACAGCUUCUGGGAAAGCUCAGUUCAAUGUAGCAACUGUGACACGUUUGCCCUAAUAAAGCUGCCGCUUGGUCUCUUCCAGUGCCUCUGUCUUGUGGGGAUCAUUCCUGGAAUGCAGAGUUGUCCUGUUUUCCAACCCAGUAAGAGUUCAAAACGACAGGUCAUGAGCAGCAGGCUUGGCAGUUACACCUUACGUAGGCAUAGGAGACGGCGCUGCUUACAGCAUGCAGGGUGCAUGUCUCACGGCUCCCACAUGAACCAGCCUUGGAAGCAGAGCAGUCUCAGCCACUCUGCUUCGGGGUCGUUCUCUGCCGCUGAUCCCGUCUCUCCGUGCCUUUUCUGCGUCCUUUGCUCCCCCCAGCUCACCUCCCAGGGGAGUUCUGAACCAAACAGUGCCUGUGUGUUGAGAGUGUGGCUUUGUAAUAUUCCUUGGUAAUAGCUCGACCCUGCCAGUAUGCUUUUUGAAGGACGGAAUCAAAAAAAUCUAGUUGCCUUUUUUAAUUGUUGGGGAGAGGGUGAUGACUAGAACUCCCACGCAGUCUCAGAGAAGCUGUGUGUGGGUCCAUAUCUAUGCAUUCGUGUGUGUAACCUCACGGUUGUGCUCAGGCUGACAGCACAAGGAAGCAUCCCUUUCUUGUUUUGCAGCACUGCUUCAAAGGUGCCCAACCCCCGAAGUAGCAGGCAGUUCCCAAGUGGAGGGUGGGGGCAGAGGCCUCCACCAAGGCCAUCAAUAACCAGGUGUGAGCUGCAGGUCUCUGUGUAAUGUGAAGCUCUCCCGUAUUUCAUUUCUGCACCCAGGGGGCGGCUCUGCAGGAUUGCUUACGGAGCGCUCUGUGUCUGGCACCUCUCUCCACAAGGCCCAGGCGCCCAGGGUCCCACCGACCUGCCCAGGAAUGCAUCGCAUUGUUCUCUGGUGCUGUAAUUUGGCUGCAGGAGCUAGGCUGAGUGCCUCCCAGGGAUGAGAAACACACUCUCCCUGGCGUCCUCCCUUCUCCCUGGCCAGCUUGGGCUUCUGCGAGCAUUUAAAUAAAAAGCCUCAGAAAGGCAGAGGAAAAAA